AUGGGCCUGGCAAAUCAAGUGGCUUUGGUGACCGGUGCAGCAUCGGAUGUUGGGUACGCGUACGUGAAAUGUUUACUUCUGAACAAAGUCAAGGUGUUACUCUGCGAUGUCAAUGUCGACGACUGUCAAGCUAUAGCACGCCAGUUCCUAAAUGAGUUCCAAAAUAUCAAUAUAUUCUCGACCAAAUGUGAUGUCACUAAUGAAGACGAAUUUGAAAGUGCUUUUAAAACGUGCAUCAAACAUUUUGGUCGAUUGGACAUAGUUAUUAACAACGCAGGCGUUUUCGACAAUUCAAUUGAACGACAAUGGCCUGCCACAGUCAAUAUUAAUUACGGCGGAGUCGUCAGAGGUACACUGCUGGCGAUCAAGUACAUGGGAAUUCCCAAUGGAGGUACUGGCGGAACGGUAAUACAGACGUCUUCCUUGUUGGCUUUCAGCGACAAUUAUCAUUGUAAUCCCAUGUACCUGUCUACGAAAAAAUAUUUGAUGGAAUUCACGAAAAGUUUUGGAAAAAAAAAUCAUUUCAGUCUGCAUGGCGUUAAAAUCAUUACCUUGUGCCCGGAGUAUUCUGCUACUAAUUGUAAAAGGUCGGUCUGUAAAAACGAAACGCUGCACGAAAAUGAACAACAUGUCGAGAAUGUUGAAGAUUUAACGAAUAAUCAACAGAGUACGAAAAUUCAAAAGCCAAACAAUGUUGGGAAUGCUUUGAUUACGAUUUUGGAAUAUGGAAAAACUGGAGAAACUUGGAUUGUCGAAGAAAAUAAACCACCACGACUAGUUGAAUAA